CCGCCGAAUGCUUGAUAUUACUCUGUUUUCCCGCCGUUUCUCCGGUGUCCGAACCCGUCAGAAUAGCGUAAUAAAAACGAUUGGAGAGUCAUAACAAAUAACUAUUCAGUCGGAAAAAGGGUAUUUUGAUGUUGUUCCCCCCGUGGCCCUCCCCCCGCGAUGUCGAUCCCCUCGGAGAACACCUACGAAAACAUCCAGCAGGAGGAGCGUUACAAGAAGCUGCAGCGAGCAGUGAAGCUCCUGAAGAUGCAGCUCCAAAAGAGGCCCUGUGACAUCAACCCCUCGGACCCGUCAUGGCCGAGCGUUUCCAGCAUCAACGUUGACCCCCUGGACACCAGCUGCGCGGGUUUCUCCGUGCACUCCUCCCGAAUAGGCAGUGACGUCCUGGCCUCCAGCCGUAACAUGCACAAGAUGAUUCAGAGUCGCUCAAACCCCCCAAAAAUCCCCCAGGGGAUGACGACCUCCAGUGUCAAGCAAUUCCCCACAAAACCCUCCCAAGAAGAGCGAGUCCUGAUGCCUCCACCGAAGACGAUCGGUAUCCUGGCGCAUUCGUCCCGAAGGAACUCCCUAGCAGGUCCAGGGCCCCAAAAAUUCGCCCCCACGAGUGGGUCAGGAACGGAGCAGGGAUUCCCCGCCCAGAGUGUCAUCUCCUCGAUAAAAUGCUCUUCCUCAGGGCAAGACCUCUACCCAACAGAAUUCGAAAAGGAGAACUGCAGAGAUCAUCAACCAGGAGUUGAGGUGAAGCCAGACAGGAUCUUCUCCAAAUGGAGACCAGUUCUCAACGACAAGGGCCAGCUCAUCAUCAAGGGCACCCUGGAGUGUGGGAGAGUAGCUCGCAGCAAACCAGUGAUCCGCAGGCUCUCCUCAGUCUCAGUGCAAUCAGUCUUCAACCACAUCUACCACCUGCAUGGCAACAUCUACGACGAGAGGCACGAGCUCCCCGACUACAUCAGAGGAAAAUUCUACAACGGAUUCCCCGACGACUGGGAGAACGUCUACCAGGUCUGGAGUAAUUUCGUGGCUGGUGGGAGCAGGGAGAGCUUCAGGUGGCCCACACCAGUCACCGACAGUGACGACGACCUGCAGAGUGAGAUCUCGGACAUCACCGAGAUUCGCAGGCCCAGAAGACGUUUGACGUCAGCUAGGGAUGAAAAAAAAGACCCUGAGAUCCUCCGUUCGAGCCCCAGAAAGCACUCAGCUUCGAUGAAAUCCCGGCGAGACGAAUUUCCCGAAGAAAAUUUGAGGGAGAAUAAUCCAUUGAGCCCUAGAAAACGACUGAACUCGACCAGAGACAAGCGAGAUCGAUCCACCGAGGCAUUACAGGAGGAUAAAAAAUUGUUGAGCCCCAGGAGACGUCUGAAUUCCAUCAGAGAACCAGUCCCUGAGAGAUUACCAGAGAACAGGAGCUGCUGUUGCUCGAAAGAAACAAACUCCAAGAGCUGUGAUCGAGAGGAGCCCAACGAUACCAUCGACAAGUUCGUGGGAAAGAUAAAAACCCAGCAGAUGAACAGCUCAGCAGCUUCACUGACUCCAUCCUCGGUUGGAAAACGGGGGAUGCCGUCUUUGAAGGACAUCAUUCAGGAGGAUAAACUGAAAAUAAUCCUGGAGAAUCUGACGAGCAGAAAAUGCUCGAUUGAGUACAUCGACAAGAUGAUUGAGAUGUAUGACUGUUUGAAAUUCGUCGUGUCGUAUCAGCCGGACGAUGCGGCUGAAGUUCCUCUUCCCCAAGGGCCUCAACCCUCAAAAACGUAUAUCCAUCGAGAUAAUCCAGUGCCCCAUCCUCAGGAGGUUUCGAAGAAUCCUCAGAAGCCGAAUCCCCCAGAGGCCCCCGAGCCUCAUCACCGAAAACGAAACCUUCCAGUGAGAAGAAAACUCUCGAAAGACGAUUACGACAGCUCUGAUGGGCUCGACGAGGCCUCUGACGACGACAGAAGACCGAAAUUACCUCUGAGACUCCGGGAGAAGCCCCUGGAUCAGCUGAGAUCCACCGAGAAGCGUCGAAGACAUACUGAGCUGACGGUCAGCGAGAGUGAGGACGAGGGGGCUUUCCCAAAGAAGAAAUUCGUGUAUUCACCGCCUCAAGUCAAUGAGAAAAAAUCUCAGAAGACUAAAACAUCGAAAGCACCUGGACAACCUGUCAUGAGCUACGACUCGUCUAUGAGUUUGACUGAGGACGAACGAAGACCUUUGAAACCGCCUCCUCACCUCCUGAGGCCCAGGGAGAAAACUCCCCUGAAUAAUCGGGGCUACCAGCCUGAUAACUACGAUUCCAGUGUGAGUAUAACUGACGAGGAACUUGUGGAUGAUUCCCAGAAGAGGGCUGAAGCGAAGAGACAGAUUCUGCAGGAAGCCAAUGCGAAGGUUCUGAAGUCCCCGGAUGGUUGCAUAAAACGAAAUUUUCUGAAGGGAAACUGUCAGAGGGAUCUUCCCACUGUUCCUGAGAAGACGAGGAAAGAGGAGACGAGGAGGGAGGACCCCAGUGACAACAAGGAGAACCAGAACAGUUCGAAACCUGCUCUCAAUGACGACGGUCCUGAGACUGUUAAAGUAGACAUUGAGGCGGUGCCAUUGGAGAGAACCCCUCCAGAGAAGAAGAAGAAACCGGUUGUGAUUGAUGUUGAGACGGUGUCAGUGACACUUCCUCAAGCCUUAACGAAAUCGUCUUCCCAGGGUUCCAAUAAGGACCAGAAUACAUCGAGAAAGGAUCAGAAUCCAUCGAAAAAGGACUCUUCCCAGGAUCUGGUGAAACUGACUCCUGCAGAAGUUGAGGAGAAGGAUUUGCGAGUGGAGUUGGAGGAUAUCAUGAAGGACAAAGACUCUAGAAAGUCCAAACUAACUAAAGAUUCUACCAAAAAGGGGGAAUUUGGAACGGACUCGAAUCCAAAGGUCCUCACCGCGUGGUUUCCCAAGCUCGUGAGGAAGGUGGGAGGUAAUUGCGGACUGAUCUUCGAGGGAAAACUGCUGAAUGAAGCUGGACACGUGGCGUGCAGAAGGUUCUCCACAGACUUCAUCCUUAGACGAGUGAAUCCACAGGUCAUUGAGACCGAGGGCCACGAGUUUUAUCAGCUGACGGGGGAACUCUGCGAUACCAAGCACACAGUGCCCAAGGAGAUCCAGAAGCUUUGCCUGAAGGGAUGUCCUGGGAAGAUCAAUCACUUCUGUGAGAAGUGGAGGAGACUGAUCGAGGAGGUGAGUCCUGAGAAGAGGGAGACCGAUCACAACGCGACUAUUGACAUGAUUGGGGUGCCAACGAGCUCCAGGGGGAGGAGGAUCCUGCCUCCUCUGUGCUAUUGGACUGGGGAGAGGAUCACCCUGAAAGAUAAUACCCCUGUUUACAGCCCGGGGAACACCCAGGAGUCCUCGAUUCCCUCCUCUAUGGAGAUGUCAUUCAGGAAAGACACGAGUGGGAAGGACCUCUCGCAGAACUCCUCGAGGAGGAAAGACACUAGUGCCAAGGACACGUCUGUCAGUUCAGCCUUGAACAAUACUAGUGUCAGGAAGGGUGACAAGAGUGGGAAGACGGAGGAGGGAGGGCAGGGCCUGUCGAAACCUGAGGAUCGAGCAGGAAAAUCGAAGAAGAGUCCAGUGGAGCUGGAACAGGUGACGAAACCCUUGAGAUCCACCAGUAAGAGGCGACUCCGGAGGGAUGUUAAGGAUGAUUCCAGUGAUCCCGAGGAAGUGGAGAGGGAGCUGAGGGUGAAGAGGAGGAGGGCAAGGAGGGGAGAGGGCAGCUCUCCUGGGAAAGGAAAGGAGGAUGGGAAGAGCAGGGGGAGGAAUCGUGAAGACACCAGGGGCAGUCGUCCAGAGAACUCGAAGGGACAGACUCCAGGACUGACCUGCACUUAUCGAAUCAAUGUGCCUUAUCGUGAUGAUGUGCUGUCCGAUGACCAGUUGUCGACCAUGUAAUUCUUUGAAUUUCAGUUGAUUAUUGUUUUGAAUUUGAGCAGUACUUUUCGUGUCUAUGUGCCAAUAAAAUUGUAAUUUUCUAUAUUUUGUCAUUUUGGAGAUAAUAUAUGAAUAACAGUGAUGUCCAAAUGAAUUUGUCGUUUAUUUCACACUUUUGUGAUAAUCCAAGGAAAGUUUUAAACAACUUAAUGAGCAUCGUCCAAAGUACAUCUUGCAGCCUGAUU